UCAACAUCCCUCCUCGAUCCUCGGUCCUACAGACUCGAGCACUGGAUGAGACUAUCCGAGAUCAGUGAGGACGAAGACCGAGGAAGAAAGAGAGGAUACAAAACACGAAUGAGAGGCAUCCAAAGACAGUAAAAUAGACCGUCUGUGCUCCAUGCAUCCUGCAUCUUCAGUUCCCUGCUUAUGCAGAUGUGAUCAUACGUGUUUGUUAGCUGUUGGCAGCUGUUUUUGGUUAAGUAACGUUAGCGCCAUGGGUCUUGGUGAUAGCGUUGUUGUUUGGGCUUUUCAGCUAAAGCUGGAAGUCUAGCUAGCGUCAACGUCAACUUUACAUUUGGCUACCAAUGGAUGUCAUUCAAAAGAUCAGAGUUAAGGUUCACACGGAGCACCCAGGCUAUCACAGCUGGCAGAUCAGGUUCAACUUAGCCAUGUGAAGUGUGUCACAGAUGUGGCUGUUCUGGGCUGAUUUGUGAAAGUGGUAGGAGAGAGCGUGAUGGAAGACGCAGCCUGUCAGCUUGAAAGAGACCAUGUGCACAAUGUUUAUGAGAAGAUUGCACCUUACUUCAAUGACAGUCGUUACAAAGCCUGGCCUAGAGUGCGUCAGUUUCUUCUGGAACUGGAGCCAGGUAGUAUUGUGGCCGAUGUGGGCUGUGGUAAUGGAAAGUAUCUCCACAUUAAUGAAAAUGUCUUCAAGCUGGGGUGUGACGUAUGCCGCCCACUUGUGGAAUCUGCCUGGAACCAAGGAUAUGAGGUUCAGCUCUGUGAUAGCUUGCGCCUUCCCUACCGUGAUGGCUGUUUUGAUGCCAUUCUUUCCAUAGCAGUCAUUCAUCACUUUUCCACCAAAGAGCGGCGUAUUCGCGCAAUAAAAGAGAUGGCCCGUACACUACGGAUGGGAGGACGUAUGAUGAUCUACGUGUGGGCCAUGGAGCAGAAGAGACGGAAAUUUGAAAAGCAGGACAUCUUUGUACCCUGGAACCCCAACCUGCCAUCCUGUCCUAAUUGUGACCAAACCCUCAGCAGAUGCAGAGCUCAGGGAGAGGGCUUGGAAUGUGGUAGUCAUAACGGUGAUUGGUGUGAAAAGCACAGGAAAGUGAAGAGCACCUCCUUCAUGUUGGAUGAAGAAGAGUCUCCCGCUUCCUCCCAACCUCGAACACAGAGACUAUGGUUUUUCUCCAGGUCUUUAGACUCAGUAUUGGACUUCAGAAGCCUCACUGUUUCUCAAUCCAAUUCACAAGAACUCCAUGCAGAAUGCCCCCCAACUGAAGAGAGAGAUGGUGAUGGUGCCAGGUCUGUCUCAUGGAGCAGGGGAGGAAACUUCAUACGGCAGGUUUCUAGUCUUUUCUCUUCAAGGAGCAGUUUAGAGGAAGACAUUUUUGGUUCUGUCACAGAUCUCCGUGCAGGCCAAAGGUCAACAGAAAAGAAUGAUGGUUCUGCUAUGACACAAUCAGUCUCCUUAGUCCAAGAGUGUUCAUCCAUGCCACUACCUGACCUAGUGUCUUACCAAAAGGAUAUGCAGUUUGAGGAAGGAGAGGGAAGUGGCCACCAGAGCCAAGAGAACAGAGAUCCCUUGCAAAAACUAGAAGACAGGUGUGUGGAAACAUAUUGUAAGUCAGAGGGAGGAGAAAACUUAAUGCGGUACUACCAUGUCUUCAGACAUGGGGAACUAACUGAACUAAUUGAAAAUAAUGUCAAGGAGCUUCAUGUUCUGCAGACCUGCUUAGAUCAUGCAAACUGGUGUGUGGUUGCAGAAAAGGUGAAAGCUUGAAAAAACAAAAGAACCAUUUUAAAUUGUUUUAGUGAUGACAAUUCCAGAUGUAGUUUUUUAGUGUUUCAUUCUGGCUACUGACACUUUGAAUUCAAGCGGUGACUGCAUUGGAAGGAUGAAAAAUGAACUGUUUUAAGACUUAAAUGCUGCUGAAAGAUGGAUGUCCAAGUCCUUUUUAGAGAGAAGUCUUUCAAAUAUGAUUCCAUCAAUCUCUUGAGCUUGUUAUUGUCUAGCUAACACUGUCCUUUGUUCUGCCUGCCUGCUCAUAAGUGCCGCUCAUAACUGAUAUAGCACAUGUUAAAUGUUCAGCACAAAUACCAGAUAUUUCAAUGUUAAUGGUGAUCACUCUAUAACAAGAUCUGAAACAUUAUCUGUAAUAUGUAUAGUUAACACUUGUUAAACAUCAAAAUGUUUACAAACCAGAAGAUUCCGGACAUCCAAACAAAUGUGAAAGUUUUAAUUUCUCUGGACACCACUGUUUCUUUGAUCUAAUUUCCAUGAAUACCUCACAUGCUGAGAAAUUUAAUCUCAGUCAGUAUGUUUGCAUACCUGUAAAGAAUCAAGGUCAUGGUUCAACAUGAUUAUAUUUUAUAUUGAUUUCAAGCCAUUUAAAAUAAAACCAGUAACUCUUA